AUACAUAUAUAGAAGGUGAGAAAUCAAAAUCGAGCGGGAGAACUCCCUUCCUUAUCGCGUUCGUAAAUUGCAAGUAAAUCAAAUAAAUCACAGCGAACCAUCCCGAAUUGCAAUUAAUGCCAAAGCGCCUGCAUCUGGCCAUAAAAGAACGAAAUACGCCAAUUGCCGUGCCAGUGAUUAGAACUUUGAGUUGCCAGCGAGAUGGACUUCCAGAGCGCCAUGGAGACCUUCGCCGAGGCCUGGGUGGCGGCCAAUGCCGGCCAGCAGAGUCAGGCCUUGGCCUUAACCAGAGCUGCCAACGCGGCCGCCGUUGUGGCCGCCGCCAAUGCCAAGUCGCCCGUGGCCUCCUCCGCCUCGGCCAGUCUGGCGGACUUGGCUGUCAAGAAGGAGCACUCUCUGUCCCCGCCCCACAGCGUUGUGGGUGUGGCUGGUGGCGAGGAUCAGCACCGACGCUCUUCGCUGCAGGGUGUGCAGGAGAAGCUCACCCAGUUGCAGAUGCAACAGCAACAGCAUCUCCAUCAGCAGCAGCAACAGCAACAGCAGCAGCAGCAGCAGCAGCUCCACCAUCACCAGCAGGCUCAACAGGGCUCCCUUGGCGGUUCCGGAGGAGGACCAGGAGGAGUCCCUGGAGAGGUGGCCGGCCGAAGGUCCAAUGAAGGGACACCACCCUCCUCGCACCCCACGCACAACUCCGAGGGACAGGCGCUAUCCACCUCGACGGCCUCAUCUAGUCAGAAUGCCACGCCCAAGAGUGACCGCGACAGGGAGCGGGAAAGGGAGCGAGAGCGGGAGCGGGAGGAGCGUGUGGAGCGUGGCAGCAUCUCCUGCCUGCCACCUGCCGCCCUGGGCAUGGCCGUGGGCGUCCAACAGGCCCAACAGCAGGCGGAGAAGUUGCUCAGCCAUCCGGCCUUGGACUCGCGACGGGAGUUCGAUGUCAGCAAAGUGAAUCCCAAAUCACUUCCACUCCAUUGUGUGGUGGAGUCGGUGCACUCUCUGCACGCCUCCCUGACCAUCGAUACGCGUCAGCCUUGGAAGCGGAGGCCCAACAUUGAGACGGAUAGCUACGUGAUCAUUGCCGCUGCCACGCCCUGGAGCGAGAUCGUUCAGACGGCCCUCCAGCGGCUAGGUUACUCCCAGGAGGUGGCCAACACAGCCAGAGGCUCUCUAAUAAUCAAACACUGGAAACCUAUACCCCUUGAGCAGAUAUCGGAUAAUCCGGCAGUGCCGGUUAGUGACAUUGUUGGUGAACUGACCUCGGUGAUCACACUGAGGAUCGUUAUCCUGCGGCCCAAGACAUCACCCUUUGGGGAGAUCAAGGACAAGCUGCUCAAGCUUCUGGUGCUGCAAUCGCAUGCGGUGCUCCGCUCCACCGGCUGUCCCCUGGAUGAGGUCACGCUCUCCCAGAUCUGCCGGAGUUCGCACCAGAAUACAUACGCUUUGCCUGGCGGUGAAAUCUCCGAUGAUUUGCGCCGCAAGUUUGACCAAUGGUGGUCCAAUCAGCUCUCUCCCCAGGCAGCAGCCAUGGCGCCCAAGAUGCUGCCCUUUAUGACGGGUCCUUCGGCAGUGCCAGUUCCAGUGGCAGUUCCCGGUGAAAUGGAUUUCCCGGUGGGCACGGCCAUGGCAGCGGCGGCAGCAGCUGCUGCCCAUGCAGCCGCAGCAGGAGGAGCAGCAGUUGGUGGAAAUCCCCUCGGCUCAAUGGGCAGCCGGGAGAGCCUGCUGCUGGCCAAUGAGGCGGCUCAUCAUGCUGGACCAGGACCAGCCCCAGGGACAGGACAUCAUGGCAGUAUGCUAGUGCACCCGAUGCACGCGUCCAUGCACCAUCACCACCACCAUGGAGGAAGUGGACAUGGGCCACAGUAUCCCAACCAGAAGACUCGCAUGCGCACCAGUUUCGAUCCGGAGAUGGAGCUGCCAAAGCUGCAGAAGUGGUUUGCCGAGAAUCCGCAUCCUUCGCGUCAGCAGAUCCAGACCUAUGUGGUUCAGCUGAAUGCUCUGGAGUCGAGGCGGGGUCGCAAGCCGCUGGAUGUGAACAAUGUGGUCUAUUGGUUCAAGAAUGCCCGGGCAGCACAGAAGCGGGCCGAGAUGAGGGGCGGGAGUUUGGGCAGCGCCAUGAGCGCCUUGGGUCAUGCCGCCAUGAAUGGCUAUCUGAGCCAGCAUGCUCCGCUGGGCCAGAACUCCAGCAGCAGUGCUGGGAGUCAGCCGAUGAGCAUGGGUAAUCUGUCCAUGUCGCACGAUUAUCUAAAGAGUCCCCUCAGCCUAAAGUCGGAGGAUAUAGACACCAUGUCGCAGCACUCGGACGACAUGGAGGAUGAGCCCAGCAGGCCUAAUACCCCGCAGCUGCCGCUCUCUCUGACCACGCACGAGCGUCAUCGCAGCUCUCCGAUGAUGGACGAGGACGAGGAUGAGGCAUCCGAGCAGCAGCAACAUCAACAGCAACAGCAGCAGCAGGAGGCCAAGAGCUCUGGCAGUGAUGGUAUGAACGGAAGCCUCAACGAGGAGGAGCGCCAGGAGAAGUCAUCGCGGGAUGACGAGCAGCAGGACAACGAGAAGGAGAGCUCCGGCGCCGAGGAGCGCAACCAGGAUAGCAAUCCCCAGAUAGAGACCGGCUCCAACCUCAAUAACAACAAUAACCAUAACAACAGUUCGCACAACGAUCCGGAGGUAAGCUCCACGCCCAAGCGUACCACGCCCAAGGAGGAGGACGAUGACCUGGACAUGGACGAGGACGAGGAGGACAAUGAGAACGAUGCCAGCCAUUUGGAUGAGUUCCGUUCGCCCUCGCCGGACAUGGCUGGUGGCGUGGUGCCGCACAAGGACCAGCUGCCCUUUCCCAUGGUGCCCAACUCGAUGUUCUCGCAGUCCUUCAUGUACAUGAGCCACUACAUCCCGGCCUUUGGCCAGGCGGCAGCCGGACAUCCGCAUCACCAUGCCGCUGCUGCAGCGGCAGCAGCCGGAAUCCAACCCAAUGCCCUUAUGGGCGGCGGUGGCCUAAACCUGUCCAGCAUCUCGAACGAGGAGCGACGGAAGCGGAAUCGCACCUUCAUCGAUCCUGUGACUGAGGUGCCCAAGCUGGAGCAAUGGUUUGCCAUGAAUACGCAUCCCUCGCACAACCUGAUCCUCAAGUACACCGAGGACCUGAACACGAUGCCAUAUAGGCAAAAGUUCCCGCGUCUGGAGAGCAAGAAUGUCCAAUUCUGGUUCAAGAAUCGCAGGGCCAAGUGCAAGCGGCUCAAGAUGUCGCUCUACGACAGCAAUCAGUGCGCCCCUGGGGGCCUUGGCUCCUUUGUGCCCAAGUACGAGGAGCGGGAUUAGAUGGGUCCAGAGUUUGGAAUCAAAAUUAGAAGCAUUUCUCCAUGUAAAUAGUCGGA